AUGUCAUCCAUCGGGAGCGACGGCAAGUCGACGCCCCCUGGCCAGCAGUCCAUCUGCUCCAAGUGCAACAGAAAUUUUAGGAGCCUGGUCCGGUGAGAACCCGGCGUGCUCCGUCCCGGCUUUGUAGGGAUGCGAG